UUGUACACCCCACCCAGAACCAAAGAAGAGGAAAACACCUCUUCGUUCUCUCUCCCUCAUCCCUGUUCCUCCAGGACAGUAUCUUCUCUCAAUUUUGGUUCGGGUUGGUUGGGUUUCGGAGGACCCAUGAUAACAAAACGUAUAUCUGGGUCAUUCGGAACCUGCAUUGAUCUGAUCUGAUAUUGGUAAAGAGAGAAGAAAACACACAUAAACCAACAGAGGGAGAGAAGAGGGGAUUCCACUAGUAGAAUAACCAUGGAGAUAGAGAGGCUUAGGUCAUUGUUUCUCCUCUGGUGCAGAAGUCGAACCACACGUGUUGCUCUUGUGGGUGGCAACCACACCGCUGCUAGGUUUUGCACUCGCUAAAAAGCCUCCCUGUCUCCGCUGUUUUGGUUUUUGUCUCUUUUUUUUUCUCGUUUCACCAAUCUCUUGGCUUUUUCCAGUGACCUUUUGCCAUCAGAGGCACCCAUUAGCCGAAUUUCGCGAAAUUUAGCGGAAUUAAGCUCUUUUGGCGUCGUUCCAAAUACAGAUCCGGUCAUUUGACAUGGAAAUGGGAGGUGGGUAUCGACCCCAAAGUCAUAGAAUUUCAUUAAACCCUGACACCCUUUUGGUUAUUAAGCUUCCGGAUCUAAGGUUCCUGCUUGUUUUGUCACGCUCGCUGUUUUUAGCAACGAUGAUUGUCACAUUGCCUUGGGUUAGGUCCGUUCUAAAGGGACCUUCAGGUUCGGUUUUUAAUACCAUUGAUUAUCACCAAAAUUCUGGUUCUAUUGAUUUGGAGUAUUGGAAUUUGCUUUGGCAAGAUUUUGUUGACGAGGGUCUCAUCAGAAAAGGCGAUAAAGCUCUUAUUUUGAACUCUGCCAUCCAAGGCGUGGCUGAUGGAGGUUCCAUGUUCGUGAUCGACAACGAGAUUGAUUUGGUGGUGGAACCUGAUUUGGAACGACAAAGUUCUUUACCAGAUGAGGGGUUUGAUUUUGUGUUCGUGUCUGGCUCUCUGGAUUCCAAGUUUGUUGAUCGUGUUGUGAAGAUUGGUGGUGUUAUUGCUAUGCAAUUGGGUGAUGACAUCUCAAGCUAUUAUCAAAAGCAGUCAGACUAUAGAAUUGUGUAUCUUAAGAAAUAUAGUUCAACCAUCUUGGCAAUGAGGAAACUUGGUUCAAACAAUCAUUUGUUGGAUUCUUCAGCAAAGCGAAGGCUUUGUCAGCUGACAUUGGAGGCUAAGAAAGCGGCAUUGAAAGGUUUAGAAGAUGUUUUGUUUGAGCCACCUAGAAGAGCCUUGGCUAAAUCACAUGCGUACUUGAGGAAAAUGAAUUUUCUUCCUGAUUUGUUAGGGGAUUCUCUUGAGCACUAUCCCCGUAGAGUUUUCAUUGACGUGGGGUCUUCUAAGGAUAAGAAUGUUGUGAUGAAAUGGUUUGAUAAAAACUAUCCAAAGAGGAAUCAAGUUGAGUUUUACAGUUUGGAAAUCGGAUUGUCUGGAGGAGAGGCAAGAAGAGUGAGUCCUCGGAUUGAUGUUUCGGAUUGGUUGAUGAAAAAUGCAAGAGAAGAAGAGUAUGUUGUCAUGAAGGCAGAAGCAGAUGCGGUGGAAGAGAUGAUAGCGAGGAGGGCAAUCAAUUUGGUGGAUGAACUGUUUUUGGAGUGCGACAACCAAUGGCAAGAUGGAGGAAAGAGAAUAAGAAAAAGAAGAAGAGCAAGGAGGGCUUAUUGGGAAUGCUUAGCUCUGUAUGGAAGGCUGAGGGAUGAGGGAGUUGCAGUACAUCAAUGGUGGGAUUGAGAAAAAAGGCAGGCGUAUAUCCCCCAUGCUCCAUCUUUCUUGGUUAUGCUUAUUCUAUAAUGUGUCCUAUGGUUUUCGUGUUUAGAGUCCAUGUGGGGGAGUCUACAUGUGAUUUCUCCAAAUAAAAACAUUUUGUUGCUUGGUAGUCUGGCUUGAUGACGUGUAUGCCUUUGGUGUUAUUAUUUCUUUGUCUAGAUGUUGCUGUUGAUUGUCAAAUCCUUUGAUGUUUCUUUUUUAUUUUAUCAGAAUGAAGAUGCACUGUGCAAAACUGCAAAGAAUUAAGUAGUCUAUUCUUCUUCCUUAUGAGAUUUCCAGCGUUCUUUAAGUGUAAAAAUUGUUUGGUACUAGAAUAAGAUCACAUGUUUUCCCUA